UCAUCGGUCAGCAGGAGAACACGAGACAAAGUUUAUUAACAAAUACAGGCUGAAUAAAACUAUGCUACAGACAUCUGAAGAGAAUUUGAGCAAGAGUUAUAUUCUUGACAACACUGAUGCAGUGGAACAAGGCACAAAUACUAAUGGAAAAAAUACGUUCAAAUAUUUGAGCAAACACACCAAUGAGAGCCUUAACCUGAAAAGACACAGGGGUAUACGUACGGGAGAGAAACGCUUUAUAUGUAAUGUUUGUAAUUAUGCAUGUCGUGACAGCUAUCUUCUAAAGAGGCAUAUAAGAAUCCAUUCAGGAGAUAAACUCUUCAAAUAUGAUGUUUGUGAUUAUGAAUGUAGGGACAGAAGGAAUCUAAAGAAACAUAUUAACAUACAUACAGGAGAGAAACGUUUUAAAUGUGAUGUUUGUGAUUACGCAUGUAAUCAAAGAAGCGUUCUGAAGGCACACAGCAGAAUCCAUUCAGGCGAGAAACCCUUUAAAUGUGAUGUUUGUAACUAUGCAUCUACCCAUAACGACUAUCUGAAGGUACAUAUGAGAAUCCAUACAGGAGAGAAACCCUUUCAAUGUGCUGUUUGUAAUUAUGCAUCUACUCAUAGCGGCCCUCUGAAGGUACAUAUGAGAAUCCAUUCAGGAGAGAAACCCUUCAAAUGUGAUGUUUGUAAUUAUGCAUCUACUGAUAGCGGUUCUCUGAAGGUACAUAUGAGAAUCCAUUCAGGAGAGAAGCCCUAUAAAUGUGCUGUUUGUAAUUAUGCAUCUACUCAUAACGGCCCUCUGAAGGUACAUAUGAGAAUCCAUUCUGGAGAGAAGCCCUAUAAAUGUGCUGUUUGUAAUUAUGCAUCUACUCAUAGCGGCCAUCUGAAGGUACAUAUGAGAAUCCAUUCAGGAGAGAAACCCUUUAAAUCUGAUGUUUGUAAUUAUGCAUCUACUCAUAGCAGUUCUCUGAAGGUACAUAUGAGAAUUCAUUCGGGAGAGAAACCAUUUCAAUGUGAUGUUUGUAAUUAUGCAUCUACUGAUAGCAGCCAUCUGAAGGUACAUAUGAGAAUCCAUUCAGGAGAGAAGCCCUAUAAAUGUGCUGUUUGUAAUUAUGCAUCUACUCAUAGUGGCCAUCUGAAGGUACAUAUGAGAAUCCAUUCAGGAGAGAAACCCUUUAAAUGUAAUGUUUGUAAUUAUGCAUCAACUGAUAGCAGUUCUCUGAAGGUACAUAUGAGAAUCCAUUCAGGAGAGAAAUUAACCCUUUAAAUGUGAUGUUUGUGAUUUUGCAUGUAAUCAAAGCGGCACUCUGUGGCGACAUAUGAGAAUUCAUUCGGGAGAGAAACCAUUUAAAUAUGAUGUUUUGUAAUUAUGCAUCUACUCAUAGCAGCCCUCUGAAGGUACAUAUGAGAAUCCAUUCAGGAGAGAAACCCUUUAAAUGUGAUGUUUGUAAUUUAGCAUCUAUUCAUAGCGGCCCUCUGAAGGUACAUAUGAGAAUCCAUUCAGGAGAGAAACCCUUUAAAUGUGAUGUUUGUGAUUUUGCAUGUCAUCAAAGGGGCACUCUGUAGCAACAUAUGAGAAUUCAUUCGGGAGAAAAACCAUUUAAAUGUGAUGUUUGUGAUUAUGCAUGUAAGGUUGGCCAUACUCUUGUCAGGCAUAUGAGAAUACAUGGCAUAUGAGAAUACAUGGCAUAUGAGAAUACAUAAAGGAACAGAAGAGAAAUUAUUUAAAUGUGAUGUUUGUGAUUACGCAUGUAAUAACAGCAGCUUUCUGAAGACACAUAUCAGAAUCCACUUACUUUGCAAACAAUGUUUGUGAUAUGC